UGGCAGAAGCCUGUAAGCUCCCAGUGCAGCCAAAUAAAUAUUGUCAAUAAAAUCAGAAUAAAUACUGCCAGGGCUUUUCCAAGAUUGAUUAAUUUAUAACGGGAGAAGGGGAUGAAGCUAAACAAGGAAUUAGCAAUGUUGCUCCUAGACAGCUGCGCAGAGCCGAUCACUUCAGCAUGAACCGCAGCGAUUACGUGUAUGAUGGAGAGAAUUAUAAUCAGGCAUUUUGUAGGGCACGCGGCUGUUGGGGUCCUUGACUGCUCGCUAAAACUAAACAGCCCUAUGUGAGGAGCAGUGGAGUUCGUGUGGGUGAGAGCACGCUGUUCAGUACGAAGAAUGUCAGGCCUGACGUAAUAUCUGGACUACAAAGCUGAGCUCCACCAGCAGUUGGUGGUUGUACAACACAACCACCCAUCACUCUGGAUAUCUGUUUUGAAACUUGACCACUUCCAGCAACUACAAAGAGACAAUGUACUGCCUCCAGUGGUUACUUCCGGUCCUGCUGAUCCCAAAGCCGCUGAACCCAGCUCUGUGGUUCAACCAUUCUAUGUUCAUGGGCUUCUACUUGCUUAGCUUCCUGUUGGAAAGGAAGCCAUGCACCAUUUGUGCCUUAGUGUUCCUCGCAGCAUUGUUCCUCAUUUGCUACAGCUGCUGGGGGAAUUGCUUCCUUUACCACUGCCAUGACUCUCCACUGCCAGACUCCGCACAUGAUCCCAACAUUGUGGGCACCUAGACUCCAGAUCCUCAAGAAAUCCUCCGUAAUGCUUCUUGGACAAACGAACAAAUGAACAAAUAUCUAAUGAGAAAUGCUGAGAAAUUUGCAGAAGAUGAGAGCCUCACUGAAGUCAUACUUUAAUUAAUCACAAACUAACCUCUUGCUGUUACUUUAUUUUCCAUUCUGCAAAGAGGGCACAAAUUUUGGUCCAUGGCUUAUAGGGUUCUUCUGUUUUAAUCUUUCAGUCCAACUUUCCUUUAAUUCAUUAGUUGCUGAAAGAUUCUGAUGUGUGAGCAUGUACGAGUUUUAUCAUAUAAAUUUCUGUUCUUGUGUCAAUCAGUUUAAAUCCCAGGGUCUGAGGUGACUUCAGUGGUGGUGAAUGUCCAAACUGAGCUUACUGGAGCUCAGGAGUAUUGAAAGUAAUGAGUUGUACUUGUGUGCAGCUCAGUUUGUUCAAAUGCUGUUGCAGCUUUUAAUUCAAUAAAGUUCAUAAUGCGCAAA